AUGGACCUUUACCACACGAUUAUCUCACCACCGUCUCGGUCGGUCAUCCUUCUGGCUAAGCAUCUUAACGUUCCACUAAACCUCAAAAAAUUAGAUAUAUUCGCGGGUGAGCAACUAUCCGAAUGGUUCGUUAAGAUAAACCCUCAGCACUGUGUUCCGACCUUGGUAACGGAGGAAGGCGUGUCUUUGUGGGAGAGUAACGCCAUCAUGGUCUAUCUGGCCGAACGUUUCGACAUGGACGAAAAAGUCUAUCCGAAAGAUGCGUUAAAACGGGCCGUUGUGAACAAUCGACUGUGCUUCAAUCUGGCAACACUGUACAAGCAAAUCAGCGGCUACUACGGACCGAUCGUGAUGCGUGGUGCGACUCCCGAUGAGAAUGCAUUCAAACAAGUGGAGCAAGCGUUCCAGUAUCUGGAGGGUUUCUUGGCAAAGGGUAAGUUCGCCGCCGGCGAGCAGAUUACGGUUGCGGAUUUCGCUCUAGUUACGACGGUAUCGAUGGCGAGUGCGAUGAAGUUCGACUUUACGAAUUAUCCGAACAUUGAACGGUGGAGAAAGCUUUGCGAAAACACGAUCACCGGUUACGAGGAGGUAUCCAAGCAGGCUCAGACUGCCUGGAAAGCGUUUCAGGAGAGCAAACAAAAGAACAAAAUGGAUCUCUACUAUCAUAUUAUACCGCCACCAAGCAGAGCUGUACUAGUAUUAGCCAAGAAAUUAAAGCUAGAGUUGAACCUCAUUUCUACAGACACUCGGGAUGCCGGCCAAAUGGACAUUCUAGCAAAAGUGAAUUCACUGCAAUCGAUGCCAACCCUGGUAGAUGAUGGCAUCAUCGUCGGCGAAUCGCACAACAUUCUCAUCCACUUGGCCGAGAAGUUCGACACAGAAGGAACGCUGUACCCGGUGGACGCCGGGCAGCGUGCCCGAGUGCUCGAGUGUAUGUUCUUCGAUACCAACAUGUACAAGUGCUUCGUAGCGUACUCCAUGCCGGUGGUUAUCAAACGGCAGGAACCGAACGACGACCUGAGGGAGAAGCUGCUCGUCUGCAUCCGGGCCUUCGAUCGCUACAUGGAGUCGCGCAGCUACGUUGCCACCGAUCACUUCACGGUGGCCGAUUUGGCACUCUCGCAAACGGUAGCCGCACUGGAGGUGAUCAAGAUCCAGGUGACCGACUUUGCCAAUGUGAACCGUUGGUACGAAGCAGUGCGCAGCGAGUUACCGGGUGCCGACGAGUUUCAGGCACAAUGCGAAGACGUGCUGCGUGCCUAUUUGGUGAGACAAUUUGGCGAUCUGGAUUCGUAA